AAAAUAUGCGCGCGCACGCACGCAGGCGUCUUCUGCGCCACCCGAUUGGCCGAAGGCCCUGUCAAUCACACCCUCGGUCCCCAGAGAGAAUCCGCCUCAGCAACGCCAUCAUCUGUUACACUCGGCGACAGGAGCAGCCUGAGCCGUCAGGGCCAAUGUUGUUAUUUUCAUAAUUCACCGAGAUUUUAUUAAUAGAAAAAGCUGUCUGCAAAUGACCUAUUUUCGAUUCUCUCUUUGCGGUGAAAUACAAAACACUUCGGGCAACCCCUCUCUUGGCAAAGGAGUAAAUCGUAGAUGUUUUCACCCCAUCUUUAAUUGAAUGGAAUGCGAAUACUCCACUGUGGUAGCCCAGUGCUCGCCUUGGUAUGUUUAUUGAAUAAUAUAGAUAAUGGGCUGUGUGCAAUGUAAGGACAAAGAGGCAACCAAACUCACGGAUGACAGAGAAACUAGUGUCUCACAGCAUGCAGGAUAUCGAUAUGGGGCUGAUCCGACACCUCAGCACUACCCCAGCUUUGGAGUCACCACCAUACCCAACUACAACAACUUCCAUGCGCCUGUCAGUCAAGGAGUGACUGUGUUUGGUGGAGUGAACUCUUCUUCACACUCAGGAACGUUGCGAUCCCGGGGUGGAACAGGAGUAACACUCUUUGUAGCACUUUAUGAUUAUGAGGCAAGGUCAGAAGAUGACCUCAGCUUCAGGAAAGGGGAAAAGUUCCAGAUUCUAAAUAGCACGGAAGGAGACUGGUGGGAGGCCCGCUCUCUCACUACAGGUGGAACAGGAUACAUACCCAGUAAUUAUGUGGCUCCAGUCGACUCCAUACAGGCAGAAGAUUGGUAUUUUGGAAAACUAGGCCGUAAAGAUGCAGAAAGGCAACUGUUGUCGAAUGGAAAUCCCAGAGGCACAUUCCUUAUAAGGGAGAGUGAGACCACGAAAGGAGCAUAUUCAUUGUCCAUACAGGAUUGGGAUGAAACUAAGGGCGAUCAUGUGAAGCACUACAAGAUACGCAAGUUAGACAAUGGAGGAUAUUACAUCACCACUAGAGCUCAAUUUGAAACUCUGCAGCAGCUUGUGCAUCAUUAUUCUGCCCGGGCUGCAGGACUCUGUUGCCGUUUAAUAGUCCCAUGCCAUAAAGGCAUGCCCCGCCUCGCCGACCUGUCCGUCAAAACCAAAGAUGUAUGGGAGAUCCCACGGGAGUCGCUUCAGCUCAUCAAACGAUUGGGGAAUGGACAGUUCGGAGAGGUCUGGAUGGGCACUUGGAAUGGCAAUACUAAAGUGGCAGUGAAGACCUUGAAACCAGGCACAAUGUCUCCAGAGUCAUUCCUGGAGGAGGCUCAGAUAAUGAAGAAACUGAGGCAUGACAAGCUAGUGCAGCUCUAUGCGGUCGUCUCUGAAGAACCCAUCUACAUUGUGACAGAAUAUAUGAGCAAAGGAAGCCUGCUGGAUUUCUUGAAGGAUGGUGAAGGACGUGGGCUUAAAUUGCCAAAUUUAGUGGACAUGGCUGCUCAGGUUGCUGCAGGCAUGGCUUACAUUGAAAGGAUGAACUACAUCCACAGAGAUCUGCGGUCUGCCAAUAUACUUGUUGGUGAUAGCUUAGUGUGCAAGAUUGCAGAUUUUGGACUGGCCAGACUAAUAGAGGACAAUGAAUACACAGCUCGACAAGGUGCCAAGUUCCCAAUCAAGUGGACGGCUCCAGAGGCAGCACUCUAUGGAAGGUUUACUAUCAAGUCUGAUGUGUGGUCGUUUGGAAUACUACUCACAGAGCUGGUCACCAAAGGACGCGUACCCUAUCCAGGCAUGAACAACCGGGAAGUCUUGGAGCAAGUCGAGCGUGGUUACAGGAUGCCCUGCCCCCAGGACUGUCCCAGCUCCCUGCACGAGCUCAUGCUCCAAUGCUGGAAGAGGGACCCCGAGGAGCGGCCCACCUUUGAGUAUCUGCAAGCCUUCCUGGAGGAUUACUUCACUGCCACUGAACCACAGUACCAACCCGGGGACAACCUCUAAACACAGAGCUCCAGAGUACAGAGAGUGCCACAACAGACUGCCCUUCAAAAGACUGAUCAAAAGAGCGUUUGAUGAGAAAAGCUUCCAGGUUUUGUGCCAUCUCGACCCAAUAUCUGACACAAUCCAUCUUCCAUUGAACAAAGGACAUGCAAUCGCAUUAUAUCUGUCAGUAAAGCCAAAAAUAGUGUUCUGUGGAGAGACAUCAGUCAUGAUUAAUGAUAAGAAUGGCUUGUUUGUAUGUAGUGUAAAUAGUGUGUUUAGUUUUCCCUUGUAUUUGGCUUGUUUUAUUACUUUUAUAAUGCUGUUUUGCGUUCUUAUCCAGGCCGGGAAAGAAUCGACGCUGUGAGGAAAGCAUGAUCGACAGAGAGGCGACAUCGAACGUUUUAAAAUUUACAAUGAUUCUGGAAAUCAUUCUUAGACACUUCCAGUAGGAUGUUGACCAGCCUCUUUUAAAUAUUAAGGGAAUUCUGUCAAUUGUAUAUUAAAUUAACUGUACAUGUCAAAACAUUCCCUUUUAGCCGAGACAUACAGCAGUGCAUAGGUAGCAUUUCUGACACAUUAUUGUGACUUUCACAGAGGGUAAUGAUGUCUGCACUGGUUUUAGUGAGUUUGCUGGGCCUAAUUAUUUUGCACCUGCUUUUAGCAAGCGCUCAGUGUCUCUCUUUUGUUUUCUGCUUCUUAGAAUGAGUGCAUUUUCUAUUUAGUCACUUUGGAUUAACAAUAGAGCAAUGUAUGUAUCAGAAUAGUAUGAGACCAAGUGGGCAUUAUGCUUGACCAUACUUGCAUCUCUCCUGCAAAUGAGAUAAAAUGACUGCUAACAUCCUUACUGUUGUGAGAGAAAAUAAAAGGAGUCCAUUAAAUGUAUCUCACAUUAUCAUGCAUUAUAAAAUAACACGACUAAAUACGUAGAGAAAUAUUAUGAAAUGGUAGAAUUUCACUCAAGAUAACUCAUUGCUGGUUUGUUUUUGCCCCUCGUUUUGUCCUUCAUGAUAAAAUGAUACGUAUGUCUGAAUAUUCAUUAUCGGGUCAUUCUUUACUUUUUUCGCUUUUAAAAAGUGACAGACCUCUCUGUAAGUCAACGAUACUUUCACAUAUUUUCAUUGCGGCAGUGUCGGCAUGAGCCGUUUUCCAAGAGCAGUUGUUCACCCACUCUUCAUGAUUUCAGCUUAUGUUUUGGAUAGAAUAAGGGGUUCAAUUGAGAGUUGCUUUUAUCAGGGCCUAUAAUUUAAAUUAUGUGCUGCAUUUGUGUUAAAAUCCAACCUUAUAAUUUUCACAUUUAUUUUUGUACCAUCUAUAUUUGGAUUAAUUCAUAAAUAUUGUGUUUAUUUAAUUUCUUUGUUUCAUUUAUGCACAAACAUUUUUAGAAUAAAGUGUCAUUCAAAUCCA